AUGGCCCAAAAGUGGCGUAAGGAGGUAGAAGCGGAGGGUAAGCAUCCCUGGACUCUGCUGAAAGCCUCCAAGGUGCAGCUCUCGGGAGGGGAGAAGGUAAUCAUUCAGGGCUUUAGAAGCUACAGGGACCAAACCAUUGUGGACCCAUUCAGCUCAAAACACAAUGUCAUUGUGGGAAGAAAUGGAUCUGGAAAAAGCAACUUUUUUUAUGCAAUUCAGUUUGUCCUCAGUGAUGAGUUCAGUCAUCUUCGCCCAGAGCAGAGACUGGCUUUGUUGCAUGAAGGUACAGGUCCUCGUGUUAUUUCGGCGUUUGUGGAAAUUAUUUUUGACAAUUCGGACAACAGGUUACCGAUUGAUAAAGAAGAAGUCUCACUUCGCAGAGUCAUUGGAGCCAAGAAGGACCAAUAUUUCUUAGACAAGAAAAUGGUGACGAAAAAUGAUGUGAUGAAUCUUCUUGAAAGUGCUGGAUUUUCUCGCAGUAAUCCCUACUAUAUUGUCAAACAAGGAAAGAUCAACCAGAUGGCCACAGCUCCUGACUCUCAAAGACUGAAGUUACUAAGAGAAGUAGCUGGUACCAGAGUGUACGAUGAACGUAAAGAAGAAAGUAUUUCACUAAUGAAAGAAACAGAGGGCAAGCGAGAGAAGAUCAAUGAGUUGUUGAAAUACAUUGAAGAGCGACUGCAUACCCUAGAAGAAGAGAAAGAAGAGCUGGCUCAGUACCAGAAGUGGGAUAAAAUGAGGAGAGCAUUAGAAUACACCAUUUAUAAUCAGGAACUUAAUGAAACCCGAGCUAAGCUUGAUGAGCUUUCUGCUAAACGAGAGACAAGUGGAGAGAAAUCCAGGCAGCUGAGAGAUGCGCAGCAAGAUGCUAGAGAUAAAAUGGAGGAAAUAGAACGGCAAGUUCGAGAACUGAAAACAAAGAUUUCAGCAAUGAAAGAAGAGAAGGAACAACUUAGUGCUGAAAGACAGGAGCAGAUUAAACAGAGGACUAAAUUAGAGCUGAAGGCUAAAGACCUGCAGGAUGAAUUAGCUGGCAACAGUGAACAAAGGAAAAGACUGUUAAAAGAGAGGCAAAAGCUUCUUGAGAAAAUUGAGGAGAAGCAGAAAGAAUUAGCAGAAACAGAGCCGAAAUUCAACAGCGUAAAAGAAAAAGAAGAGAGGGGAAUUGCUAGACUUGCACAGGCUACGCAGGAAAGAACAGAUCUUUAUGCAAAACAAGGUCGAGGAAGCCAGUUUACUUCCAAAGAAGAAAGGGAUAAGUGGAUAAAGAAAGAACUAAAGUCUUUAGAUCAAGCCAUCAAUGACAAGAAGCGGCAGAUUGCAGCUAUUCACAAGGAUUUAGAGGAUACAGAGGCAAACAAGGAGAAAAAUUUGGAACAGUACAGUAAACUGGACCAGGAUCUUAAUGAAGUGAAGGCUCGUGUUGAAGAACUGGACAGAAAAUACUACGAAGUGAAAAAUAAGAAGGAUGAACUACAGAGCGAAAGAAACUAUUUAUGGAGAGAAGAGAAUGCAGAACAACAGGCUCUUGCUGCGAAGCGGGAGGAUUUAGAAAAGAAACAGCAGCUUCUUAGAGCAGCAACAGGAAAGGCCAUUUUGAAUGGUAUAGACAGCAUAAACAAAGUUUUGGAGCACUUCCGUCGAAAAGGCAUAAACCAGCAUGUUCUAAAUGGCUAUCAUGGCAUUGUGAUGAAUAACUUUGAAUGUGAACCAGCUUUCUACACCUGUGUUGAAGUUACUGCAGGGAACAGGUUAUUUUAUCACAUUGUGGAUUCUGAUGAAGUCAGUACAAAGAUCCUAAUGGAAUUUAACAAAAUGAACCUUCCUGGAGAGGUUACUUUCCUCCCUCUGAACAAGCUGGAUGUGAGAGAUACUGCCUAUCCUGAGACUAAUGAUGCUAUUCCUAUGAUCAGUAAGCUGAGAUACAAUCCAAGAUUUGACAAAGCUUUCAAGCAUGUUUUUGGAAAGACUCUAAUUUGUCGUAGCAUGGAAGUGUCUACCCAGCUGGCCAGAGCUUUCACUAUGGAUUGUAUUACCCUGGAAGGUGAUCAAGUCAGCCAUCGUGGUGCUUUGACUGGAGGUUAUUACGACACAAGGAAAUCUCGGCUUGAAUUGCAGAAAGAUGUGAGAAAGGCAGAAGAAGAACUUGGUGAACUCGAAGCAAAACUCAAUGAAAAUUUACGCAGAAACAUUGAAAGGAUUAAUAAUGAGAUUGACCAGCUAAUGAACCAAAUGCAACAAAUUGAGACACAACAGAGGAAGUUCAAAGCCUCUCGAGACAGUAUUUUGUCAGAGAUGAAAAUGCUGAAGGAGAAGAGGCAGCAGUCUGAAAAGACAUUUAUGCCUAAGCAACGCAGUUUGCAGAGCUUGGAGGCAAGUUUACAUGCUAUGGAGUCAACUAGAGAAUCGUUAAAGGCAGAACUGGGGACUGAUUUGUUGUCUCAGCUCAGUCUUGAAGAUCAGAAACGCGUGGAUGCUCUUAAUGAUGAAAUUCGACAACUACAGCAAGAAAACAGACAGCUUUUGAAUGAGAGGAUUAAACUAGAAGGUAUUAUCACAAGAGUUGAAACAUAUCUCAAUGAGAAUCUGAGAAAACGCUUAGACCAAGUGGAACAAGAACUGAAUGAGCUACGAGAAACGGAAGGUGGCACAGUUCUUACUGCCACAACGUCAGAACUUGAGGCUAUCAACAAACGAGUGAAAGAUACGCUGGCACGGUCAGAUGAUCUGGAUAAUUCUAUUGACAAAACAGAAGCAGGAAUUAAAGAGCUUCAAAAGAGCAUGGAACGCUGGAAGAACAUGGAAAAGGAGCACAUGGAUGCCAUUAACCAUGACACAAAAGAACUUGAAAAAAUGACUAACAGGCAAGGCAUGCUUCUGAAGAAGAAAGAGGAAUGCAUGAAGAAAAUCCGAGAGUUGGGUUCACUUCCACAGGAGGCUUUUGAAAAGUAUCAGACUUUAAGUCUAAAGCAGUUAUUCCGCAAACUGGAGCAGUGCAAUACGGAACUGAAGAAAUACAGUCACGUUAAUAAAAAAGCUUUAGAUCAGUUUGUGAAUUUCUCAGAGCAGAAGGAAAAAUUGAUAAAAAGACAAGAGGAACUGGACAGGGGCUACAAAUCCAUCAUGGAGCUAAUGAAUGUCCUUGAGCUCAGGAAAUACGAGGCUAUUCAGCUGACUUUCAAACAGGUGUCAAAAAAUUUCAGUGAGGUGUUCCAGAAGUUAGUUCCUGGUGGCAAGGCCACAUUAGUGAUGAAGAAAGGGGAUGUAGAGGGCAGUCAGUCCCAGGAUGAAGGUGAAGGCAGCACUGAAAGUGAAAGGGGAUCUGGAUCUCAGAGCAGUGUUCCAUCUGUAGACCAGUUCACUGGAGUUGGCAUAAGGGUAUCAUUCACAGGGAAGCAGGGUGAAAUGAGAGAAAUGCAGCAACUUUCAGGUGGACAGAAAUCCUUGGUGGCUCUAGCCCUUAUAUUUGCUAUCCAGAAAUGUGAUCCAGCUCCAUUUUACUUGUUUGAUGAAAUUGAUCAAGCCUUGGAUGCUCAGCACAGAAAAGCUGUUUCGGAUAUGAUUAUGGAACUAGCUGAACAUGCUCAGUUUAUUACAACAACUUUUAGGCCUGAACUGCUUGAGUCAGCUGACAAGUUCUAUGGUGUAAAGUUCAGAAACAAGGUUAGUCAUAUUGAUGUGAUCACAGCAGAAAUGGCCAAAGACUUUGUGGAAGAUGACACCACGCAUGGUUAAAUGGAACUGUGCUUUCUGCUUGUUUGGAAGAUGUGUAUAGUGCUAUGUUGAUGCCAGGGACCUGUAAAUUUAAAAUACGAAGAAGUAUUUAGUCCUUGUUUAAAAUAGGUUUUGAACAUAGAUUUUAACCAGGACCCCAGAAGGCUUAGUUUCAAAGGAGCUUGAGUAUUCCAUUUUGUCUCUGUUGCUGUAUUUUAUAAGAUAAUUGUUAAUGUUACCUUUAUACAGUACCUGUAGUUUGGAAAUUUUAUUCUCUUCCCUCAAAUCUUUUGUAAAGUGUCUGUUGCUGUUUUAAAGCUUUUCAGAAAGUGCUAGCUAUUCCUUCUUAAGUAUAAUUUUAUCAUUUAUAUUGCCUCACAGGUUUUUUUUAAUGGCUUCAAUUAAAAUAAUUGGUUUUAUCGCUGUAACUUGUAUACAUUAAGUUCUUGGUUUAUAUUGUCUUUAGAGGAUUCCAAUGAGGUGGAGUAAAUACUGGGUCAUAUUGGAGCUGCAUAUUUCAGAAGUAUGAGACAAAGCAAUUCUUUCAAGCCAUUCUUACUUCUCUUAUUCCCCUUUCUUGCACAUUGCCCAAUGCCAGCAGAAAACAGCCCCAAAUCUGUGCUUGUCCAAAUUCAUAGUGUUCUGGUUAUUGAACUGAAAAAAAAAAAAGUAUGAGAAGAUACUGAGAAGUCUGAAAAGACCCUAGAACUGUAUCAAGACAAAUCCUGACCUCCUCUUUUUUUCCUGGCACUCUGACCAGUGCAACAACUCCUCCAUCAUAUCCCUUCAGCCUGGGAGACCAGCAUAACUUGAGCCAAGUGACAGUCACCAGUCAAAAUGUGAAUCUCUUCCUGCUGUCUAGGCUUUUGCAAAGGGGUGUUGAAUAAUUUAAUGUGUUAUUCUGGAAAACUUAAGAUUUUACCAUAAACCGUAUAUUUCUUAGACAGCAAAGCAGUUGUAAAAACAAAAUCAAUUGAUGUUGCGAUAGUGUAUAUAUAAAAAUAAAAUAACCGUAAACAGUACCUUAUGUAACUUUAAAUAGUACAGUGAGAAACAGUGAACUUAGAAUACUGCAUUU